AUGGCCAAGAAGAAGCGCCAGAGGAUUAGCUACGUGCUGCCUCUGGCAAGUACACCAGGCGGCCAUCGACUAGGCGUCAAUGGCCUGGCCUUCGAUCAAGAGCGAUCCAUUUUAUAUACCGGCGGUCGGGAUGGUGUGGUUUGUGGCUGGGAUCUGAACAUAGAUGCGCAGAACGAAUCUGGCGACAAGAGAAGCACUACUACAUUCCGCAAACAGGUCCAAGCGCACACUCACUGGGUGAAUGACAUCCUCCUUGUCAAGAACAACCUGGGGGUUGUGUCCGCCUCUUCCGAUGUUACUGUCAAGCUGUGGCGGCCGCACGGCCAUGGACAAGAGUCUGCAUAUACUAUUGGCUCGCAUAGUGACUACGUGAAAUGUCUGACCACACCUGAUACCAACGCCAACUGGGUUGCGUCCGGAGGCCUGGAUCACCGUAUAUGCCUCUGGGAUCUUGCUGGUGGCGGCUCCACUCUGGACAUCAAUGUCCGGAAGGCAGAAGCAGACGAUGUAGUCAAAGGCUCGGUGUACGCCUUGAAAGCCAAAGGGUCAAUGAUUGCUAGCGGUGGCCCUGAGGGGGUGGUACGACUUUGGGACGUCAAGUCUGGCAAGAGCAUUUCCAAGUUCGUUGGCCAUACCGACAAUGUCCGCGACCUGCUUAUUAGCGAAGAUGGCGAUACCAUCCUUUCAGCGUCCUCGGAUCAGACAAUCAAGGUGUGGUCGCUGACCGCCGGUCGCUGUUUGCAUACUCUCACCAUGCACAACGACAGUGUCUGGUGCAUGUACUCUGAUGAUCCAAAUCUGGCCGUGUUCUACUCGGGCGACAAGUCUGGUCUAGUGGCGAAGACCGAUACACGAAGAGCAAUGGAGAUUGAAGAAGGCGUUUCCGUUGCCGUGUGUCAAGAACAUGACGGCAUCGCCAGGGUUGUGCCCGCGGGUGGCUCUAUAUGGACCGCCACUUCGAGCUCGAGCGUCAACCGAUGGAGAGAUGUCAAUACAGAACUUGAUGUCGAAACACCUCCACCAACUCCACGCAACAACAGGAGCGACAGCACAGUCUCCCACACAGAAUCUGAAGAUUCAGAGCCCAAGACCAAUGGCACCGCAACGCCGAAGAUACCGCACAAUGCUAUCCUACGGCUAACUAACACGGCGAUCCAUCCUGGACACAAGCGAAGUACCAGCCUAGCCAACCAUUCCGUAACUAAUUUACGCAAAGCUUCAGAGGCUAUCAUAGCCGCCGAUGAUCUCAGCUUGGUCGUGCCCAUUCGAGGUCAGCCAGCAGAAACGAUCGAAGGCCAAAAUGGUUUGAUCAAGCACCAUAUGCUCAAUGACCGCAAGAGAAUCUUGACUCUUGAUACAGCCGGCGAGGUUGUACUGUGGGAUCUACUGAAAUGCGUGCCAAUCAAAUCUUUCGGCCGCAGGCAUCUUGACGAAGUGGUACCGGAGGUCAAUUCAACGGAAAGUGUGGCCAAUUGGUGUGCCGUAGAUACGAAGACUGGCAAGAUCACGGUAAUGCUGGAGGAGAAUUAUGCUUUCGAUGCUGAAGUCUAUGCCGACGAGAUCGAUAUACCAGAAAAGAUCGAAUUCAGAGAAGACCAGAGAAUCAACCUGGGGAAGUGGGUGCUUCGCAACCUGUUCAGCACCCUCCUGGACGAGGAGAUCAAGCGAGACGAAGUGUACCGGAGGUCACUACGGGUGAAUAAGAAUCCCUCCAUCUCUGGAACAUCCACCCCUGGAUUGCGGCCAAACGCGCCAACGAGGAUUGCCAUGCCAGCUGUGGCUGGCGCAACACCCAUGGUCUCGCCAGGAACCGAAACAACUCCAAAAGCCAACGGCUUUGCUCCUCAUACACCAGGUCUCGCUAUCGGGGCUGCCACUCCUGGCCAUCACUUGGGUCACACGCAAUCAGUAAACACUCCGGGCUCUGCUACUCUUUCACCUACAACAGAAGUACCCCUCGACAAGCGCAUUUCGCGCCACAGUCAAGCUCCCGAACAGGACACAGACUAUUUCUCGACACCCGCCCCAGCGCCUGCACAACCCGACCCCGAGAACAAGGAAGCAUCCUCGGCUGCCGCCGAUACUGCCCUGCCCUCAAACCCAGCGUCGCCCACCGAAGAAAAGAAAAAGUCGGGCAUUUUCGGGAAGAAGAAUUUCAUGAUUGGUUUCCAAAAGAAAGCUCCGCGACCCUCGACAGACGCCCCUAAGACUCCCGCUGUAACUGCUAGUGAUGAUAAAGACACCUCGGAUGCGGCCAGCUCCAAGUCUUCCGAGAACGCUAACGGUGAACACAAGGGCCCGCACGUACCACAUAUCGAGGACAACUUCUAUGGAGUAAUUCAGCGAAUGCGGCACGAGUAUGACGAACACUUGGAGCACAAACCCGAAGAGCCAUUGCCAGCGGGUAUUACACCGAGUCUGCCUGUCGAGACGCCAGUCUUAAGACCGCCUCCUCACACGUUGGUCAUAAUACAAGAGGACAACCCAGAAAGUGGCGGGCUGGCAGAUCAGUAUAGAGGCGAGAUUGGGAGUUUCGGUCGAGAAGGCGAGGUAGACACGUUGGAGAAGAUUGCGCCUAUGUGGCUGGGAGAGCUUUUGCUGAAGAAUCAAAUCCCUUUGAAAGACACUGUCAAGGUGUCUUUCGUCCUGCACCCCUUUGAGGACAGUCUACCCAGCAUCGCCAGUCCGGAUGGGAACGCACGUCUCAAUGCGAAUCGUAUGUUGCGCGUGAAAAAGAUCCUUGCCUACGUUGCAGAACGCAUCGAAGCUCCGCCCGCACUGGCCGCUCCAGCAGCCGGCCCUGCCAAUCGGCUUCGUCCAGAAGAGUACCUUGAACUCUAUUGUCAAGGUAUCAAAGUCGAUCCGAACACAACACUCGCGACGCUGCGAGUACAUAUCUGGCGUACGGGUGGCGAUGUCGUACUCUAUUACAAGAGCAACGGGAAGAAGGAGCUGCGCAUGCCGCACCCCAGCGAGGUGCCGACCAAAGAAGAGAGCAUGGAAGGGACGGGGGUGGGAGGCGGCUGA